AUGGAUAAAUUAAUAUGGCGGAAAGCUAUGAAGGCCACGGCAUCCUUCCCACCAGCAGCCACGAAGAUAAUAUUCCUCAAUCAACCCCGCCUCGUCCGACAUGCCAGCACGGUCCCGUCGAUUACGCAGCCAUCAUUUUGGAAGAAUAUGAUACCGAAACCAUUCCGACGCUCAAAACAAUCUGUGAACUGGGGUGUGUCUAAGAAACCUAAGUCAAAAGAAUGGAAUCCAGCAACAUUCUACAUUGUCAUCUUCCUCUUCAUUGGAUCCAUGGCUAUCCAGAUGAUCGCCUUAAAGAAGGACUUCGACACGUUCAUGAGGCGGUCCGAGGUUCGCAUUGAGUUGCUACGUGAGGUCGUAGAGAAACUACAACGAGGCGAAGAAAUCGAUGUCCAGAAAGCCUUAGGCACUGGCGAUGCGGAGAAAGAGAAAGAGUGGGAGGAAGUACUCAGAGAGAUCGAACGCGAAGAUAUCCUCAAGAAUACGAAGAAACCCGAAAAGCCAAACCAACCCGUGGUAGAUUCCGUAAAGGCCGAGUCCAGUGGUCCAACCGCUGCGGAAUUUAAGGAGCAUCCUAAGACGAAGACUGGGAGCUACUCGAGUUUCUUCUAA